GGAAAUUCAUUUAUUCUAAUUUAUCUUUCUGAUAACUUUUUGCAAGGUUUUGCAGAUAAGGUUCAUGAUCCAUGAUCCUAUGUAACCAAAUCAAGGCCACCGUAGUUCUCGGGACGCUGACGCUUCUGUUUCCCAUUUAAUUUUGUCUCUCAAGUCGCAACCGCCGUCAAAUGAGUCAUUCUUGUUUUAACUCCUUGUGCGAUAAAUUAAAAUAGCGUGUCGCUCCUCAUUUCUGUCUUAACUGAAAAUAACAAUAAGAGCGGGAGCCCUGGGAGCUAUGGAAGAACCGAUUAGAGACCCAAGUAUACCAUACGUGGGUGUAAUCGCCGGUAGAUUUACCCCUGGUAAAAUAAUUCGAAUUCAGGGUGCAGUACCGGGUAUAGCCUACAGGUUUGACAUUAACCUACAAUGUGGUCCGGAAACGCGACCGAGGGACGAUAUUGCCAUGCAUCUUUCUGUGCGAUUUCUCGACGGAUUCAUAGCCAUGAAUUCCUUACAAAACGGCAUUUGGGGCGAAGUGGUGCAUGGAAAUACGCAGCCGGUGAAACGCGCAGAACAAUUUGAAAUACUUAUCAUGUGCGAUUUUAACAAAUACAAGAUUGUCAUAAACGACCAACUAUUCUAUGACUUUCCGCAAAGAAUUCAUUACGACUCCAUAUCUUACUUAACAAUUGAAGGCGAUGUGACAAUAGCCAAUAUAACGUACGGAUCUCAGAAUAGCCUACCCACCCUUCCAAGGCCGGGCCCCGUGCCCGUUAUACGCAGACCCCCGGAUAAUGAUUUCGAAAUUGUAAAUGGCCCAGAUCAUUCGCAACCGCCGUCGUAUUCCGAAGUGGUACACAAUUUACCACCAAAAGGACAACCGUACCCGAUGAAAAGUUCUCCUUAUAAUCCUGGGAUGACCGCACCAUAUCCCACCGCUUCGAGUUCGUUCCCAUCGCCGUCUGCACCAAAUUUGACUUUACCUGCCGGUAUGCCCGUUCCUCUGAAUGCAGCUUCUUCCAAUUUUAGACCCCUGUCGUAAUUUUAAUUUUAUACAGGGUGUCCCAUGACGAAUUUUAUAUGGAAACUGGUAUAUCAGAAGUUCACGCCCACCUUGGUUAUCUUAAAUGCAACACCCUAUAUAUUAUUUUAUUUUUAUGUUCUACCAAAAUUCUAUACACCUUUCCGUUUAUGACAUAUUUUCAUUUUUAUGUCAAAAAUGACAUUUACUACCCAAAUCAUAUUGCACUCAUUACACAACUAUUCCACAGGCAUUGCAUGUUUAAUCUGAGGUUUAAUCAUCGAAGUUGCAAAUUUUUAACUAUGUUAAUAAUUAUUAGAUAAAACUAACUACAAAAAUAUGUAUUUCAUCUUUAAUUUUUUUUUCAGCAAUAUUGUAAUUUUAUUUCAGCUCUGCCACCCUCACAUUAAAACUACCCCCCCCCCCAUCCAUCUAAAAACUUUUUAAAAAUAAAUAGCACACUUGAUUAAAAUGCAAAUAUUGGUUUUGACUAGUAUUUUUUAUACACCACUUAUAAGAGAUUCCCCUUAAUCCUAUCAAAGUUUCAGUAUAUUGAAUAAAAGAAAGUGGCUAUUCGUGCCAAUAUCCUACUGUAAUCUUGACUUUCAUUUCGACCCAAUUUUUGAGUUUUGUCUUAUCGAAAUAAGGAACUUUCAUAUUAAACUAAUUUUCCUCAAAUCUGUGGUUUUCAUUUUUUUUAGAUUACUUCUAAUCAUACUUUUAUCUUAAAACCUUCUAAAUGGAAUUAAUCAAUAAUCAGCAUAAAAAACAAUAAUGAGAAAAUUACCCACGCCAUACCGCUCUAUCUAGGAAACCCUCUGUACAGGGUGUUCCUAAAUAUGAUGUAUAGACGGAAGGGACUAUUUGCCUUAAUUUAUGACUAAAAAAGUUCAUGUAAACAUAGGGUGUUAAUAUUUCCAGGAUUUUUAAGUUUUUUCUUUAAAUCCUGUAGUUGUUGAGAUAUUGUGCUCAAAUUUGGAAUGAGAUUGAUCAAUGGUAGUGAGAAUCUACAGGGUAUUGUUUUUUCAGCAGCCAUGUUCCAUUUUCUACCCCUGAACUUUUUUUCUGUGCGCCACUUGUAGAUUGUAAUAUAAGAAUUUGAUUUCUUGGUUUGUUUGGAAACUUUUUGGCGUUGAGUGAAGGACCUAGGUAGAGACGCAAUGUCUAUAAGAAAAUCAUUAUUCUUCCCGAACUUUUACUAACGCUGUGAUGACCCAGUUUUUGUAGCAAUCAUUUUUGUUGAAAGUGACCUCCUCCAACUCUAUACAUGUAUCCGUUCUUCUGCUCAUUGAUGCCAUUACUCCUUUGAAUACCCCCUGUAUUUGAUUUAUGAUUUCAAAUGCAUCUAAUAUUCGGGAAUUUUUUAGAAUACCUGUGAAUUUUCGGAAUUUGUGGUAAUACUCAUCUUAUACAAAUGUUAGGUAAUAUAACGCAUCUGAAAACCUUAAAACGAAAUUUGACAUUUUAAGUUUUUCGGUGAUAUCUCAUUUAUUUUUCAAACAUUUCAAAUGUGUUUUUUUACCCUCAAAGAGGGGCAAUAUUGCCCCCAUUUAAUCUACACUGUACCUCUAACCGAGAUUAUUAAUUACAUUUAUCGAAGAUUUAUAACAAUUUUACACUGUACACUUUACCAUUUAAACCUUUAAUUUAUAAACAUAUGCAAACACAAGAUAUAAUUUCA